UGGUUUCCUCCUCGAGAUCAAGUGACACAUGACACGUUACCUGUAGACGUUAGGGCAAUUCGGAUGGUCUGUAUUUCUUUAAAUUAAUUGGACAAAGUAAAAUGUAUUUUUUUUAAAUCACCAAGACUAUGGUAAACUUAUAAUUAAACGGUUAUUACACUGUAGUUUUUCCUAAUUAAACCGUGGAAGACGUGAAAAGCAUAGGACAAUCAUUGCAUCUGCGCGCUGAUUGGAAAGUUGGCUAUCGCAGCAGGUGCAGCCACCAAACCGAUGAUCGCCACACCUCCUCACUCCCCUCGUCUCCCAGGCUCCCCGUCAUAUCUGGGAGGACACUGCGUCCCCUGUCCGGCCCCCCCACCCUCCUCCCCUUGCCCUUCCCCUCCCUCCUCUCCCUCCUAUGGAGGGGUCACACUACGUCGGACCCCCCCCUCCUCCUGUCUCACACACACUCUGGACCACCUCCGCAGGCACAGCUGGCAGCCUGGAGCCAUGAUGUAUGGCUGUCCCCCGCAGUACCAGCAACGCAGUGUGAGUCUGGAGGGUUUUGACCCAGAAGAAAUGGAGCGGGUGCUCCUUGGAGCCCUGGAGGGGUCCAGCAGAGGGGGGCGGGACCCUCGCCGAACCCCCAUCACCUCCUUUGGCCAAGAGCUGGGCUCCCUGCUGUCACUCACGGAGGAGGAGGCGGGCUGCCAGACCCCGGUCUUCUCCCCAUUGGAGGAGCAGUCGUCUCAGCUGCAGGGCUUCAGUGCCUCCGCUCCCUCCCUGUGUGCCAGUCCCAGUCUGCGCCAGCUAUCCAAUGCCAACCUCCACCAUCCAACUCACACAAACACUGAUACACACUCUUCGACACCUCAUACACACCCCUACACACACUCACAAAACCACCAGCAUCAUCGUCAUCAGCCUUGCCAUCGCUCCUACUCAAACUCCAAUUCCAUCUCUCAAUGCCACUACCAAGAGUCUUCCCUGGGCUCUGUAUUUGGGGGUUCCACACAGAGUAACACACCUUCCUCUAAGCUGAACGCCAACUCCAUCUUAUGGAAGGAUGUUUCUCUUCACCUCUUUCUCAGUGUGGAUGAGGAGCUUGGUGAGCUGUGGAGGCAGGAAGACAGGCAGCGGCUGGGUGAAGAGAGAGAGAGGCGGAGGGAGGAGAGAAGGACGGAGGGACUGAGGGGUGCUCCCCCCGGGGAGGAGAGGGGGGAGAAGACGGGAAGCCCUCUGGGACGCACCUUCAGCUUCCUGCGCAAGAUGGCUGGCCAACGCAAGAACAAAGAGAAGGAGCGGAUGAAGGAGAGGGAGAAGGAGGCGCGGGAGCGGGAGGCGCGCUACAGCAACGGCCACCUCUUCACUUCCCUCACCGUGUCUGCCACCACCCUCUGUUCCGCCUGCAACAAGAGCAUCACCGCUAAAGAGGCCCUCAGCUGCCCCACCUGCAAUGUCACCAUCCACAACCGCUGUCGAGACACACUGGCCAACUGUGUCAAGAUGAAACAAAAGCAACAGAAGCUCGCCCUGGUGAGGAACAACUCCGCGCUGCAGAACGUAGCUCUAAGGACCAAAACCCCUAUGAUGAAGGAGCGGCCCAGCUCAGCCAUCUACCCGUCCGACAGUCUCCGUCAGUCCCUGCUGGGCUCUCGCCGUGUCCGCUCUGGCCUCUCCCUCUCCAAGAGUGUCUCCACACAAAACCUCGCAGGGAAUCUGAAUGACGACUCACCGUUAGGGCUGCGAAGGAUCCUGUCUCAGUCCACAGACUCCCUGAACUUCAGAAACAGAGCCAUGUCAAUGGAGUCCCUCAACGACGAGGGGGAGGUGUACUAUGCUGCCAUGUUGGAGGAGCUGGAGAGGGAGGGGAAGGACUUUGAGGCUGACUCGUGGAGCCGGGCCGUAGACCCCUCCUACCUGCAGACGCACCGUAAAGACGUCAUCAAGAGACAGGACGUCAUCUAUGAGCUGAUCCAGACAGAGUUCCACCACGUGAGAACUCUGCGGAUCAUGGAGGGGGUGUUCCGGCAGGGCAUGCUGGACGAGGUGCUGCUGGAGCCGGGCGUGGCGCACGCUGUCUUCCCCUGUCUGGAGCAGCUGAUGGCGCUACACACGCACUUCCUUUCCCAGCUUAUGACACGACGCACACACAGCCUGGCCCCUGGGAGCAGUACCAACUUUACUAUCAACCAACUGGGGGAUAUACUGACUGAACAGUUCUCAGGUCAGUGUGCAGAUGAGAUGAGGAAAGCCUAUGCUGAGUUUUGCAGCCGCCACCCCAAAGCUGUGAAACUGUACAAGGAACUGCUGGCCAGAGACAAGAGGUUUCAGCACUUCAUACGGAGGGUAAGCCGGGGGCCCCUGCUGCGUCGCCAUGGCAUCCAGGAGUGCAUCCUGCUGGUGACUCAACGCAUCACCAAAUACCCUGUCCUCAUCCAGCGCAUCCUGGACAACACCAAGGGCAGUGAAGAGGAAGCCCAGUCCCUAGCCCAGUCCCUGUCUCUGAUCCGGGACUUGUUGAGCUCUGUGGACCAGCAGGUGGCAGAGUUGGAGCGGACCCAGAGGCUCCAGGAGAUCAGGGCCAGAUUGGACCCCCGGGCCCAGGCGGAGGUCAGGGGAGGAGGGGUGUUCAGGGGAGGGGAGCUGCUCCGCAGGACUCUCCUCCACGAGGGCACGCUGCUGUGGAAGACGCAAGGAUCCAGACUCAAAGACGUGCAGGUCCUGCUGAUGACAGACAUCCUGGUGUUCAUGCAGGAGAAAGACCAGAAGUAUUUCUUCCCAUGCAUAGACAAGCCUGCAGUGUUGUCUCUGAAGAACCUGAUCGUGAGGGACAUAGCUAAUCAGGAGCGAGGGAUGUUCCUGAUCAGUGACUCCACCCCCCCAGAGAUGUACGAGCUGCAUGGCGCCUCACGAGACGACAGGAACAACUGGAUGAGACUCAUACAGCAGACAGUCAGCAGCUGUCCGUCCAGAGAGGACUUCCCCCUGAUAGAGACAGAGGACAAGGCCUUACUGCGCCGACUCAGAGCUGACAUCCAGCAGAAGGACAGGGAGGUGCUGGAGCUCCUCCAGGAGAGAGUGACUCUGUUCUCUGACCUGGCUGAGGUCACCGGUGGGGGUCAGGAAGUCACGCCCCCCAUAAACUCUAGGAACAUCUUCCGGGCCGACACCCCCUACGCACCCCAGGCGGAAUACCUACUCACCGACGCCAUCUCAGAGGUUGACAGGCUGAGUGAGUUGCUGCUGGGCUCCAACAUAGAGCUUCCCAAGUCCAACGGUAGCACCAACGGUACCAAUGAUGACCAGAACCACAAAGGGGCGCCAGUGAGCAAUGGAGAUUCGAUCUCCGUCAACGGGACUCAUGAAAUGAAAGGAUGUCCAGCGUCCAAGGACAGAAAUGGUAACCAGCUACAGGACAGACCCCUAAAUGAGGAGGUGUGUCAGAGGCUUGUGAACCUCAGUGCUCAUCUCCACUCUCUACAGGCCGCCGUCAUUCACCAAGACUCUGUCCUCGAGCUCCGCCUCCAUGAGGGCACUGGUCCCGCCUCCUCAGGUUCCUCCACUCCCACCCCCACUCCUCCAAACUCCUUCCCCAGGCUAUGCCGUUCCAUGUCACGUGACACAGGUCUGGAUGCGGGCAUGGUGGCAGCCAUGGGGGAGAUGGCCAUGCUCCAGAAGCAGCAUGAUCUGCUGCAGGAGGAGGUGGUGAGGCUGCGCCCCCUGGAGGCCAGGCUGAGGGACAGCGAGAGGGCCAGGGCUCAGCUGGAGCAGCAGAUCAGGGACAAUAAGGGCAAGAGGGGCAGGAGGGGAAGGAGAGGCAGCAGAGGCAGCAACGAAGACAUUGUGGUGGAUGUUACAGCCUUAGAGCAGGCUCCUGCUAAAAGAAGAGGAAGUGGUGAUGGCGAGCCCAGCCCUGUCGCGCCAUUGGCCUGUCAGGAACCAGUGGACCAAUUGGACGGCGUACAGGAAGGCAGUGAGGAGGAGGAGUCGGAGGAAGAGGCGGAUGUAGUGAAGGUUUCACCACGCUCUGACAGUCCAAGAGAUCUCCAGGAUAUCCCGGAGGAGAGCGAGUGCGGACCGGAAGCGCAGGAAUCCAAAGGCUGAUUCCGAGUUAACAUUGACCUCAAACUGGAUACGCAAACCAGAAAACAGGACUUGAGAGCUGGACCAACAUAUUCUCAACCUCCAACCAACCAGACCUGAUAGAACUUAUCUUCAGUGAUUCCAUCUAUUCGUCUUUCUUUGGCAUAGAAAGCCUACCCAGGAAUUGUGUAUUGUAUCAUGGUAUAAGUUAGUUCGGAGAUGUUAUAUGUUUUUCUAAUGUUAUGUUAAAAGCUUCAUCCUCGGGAUUGAAUCCCUUUUUCCAAUCCCACUCUUUGUUUCUUCUUUCCCUUUUCAAAACAAAGAUGACUAAUAACAGAGAGAGAUUGGGGGGUGAAGAGGAGGAGUUGUUCGUAACAACAAUGGAAUUCUAAUGGUGGACUGUUGAUCUAUAGGUGUCUGUUGAUACCAGUAGGAACUAUUCUGUACUGUAACUGCCUGUCAUUGUUGUACAUUUAGUGUCACCUCUCUACAGACCUGGUUUGUCUGUGAUGGUGGAGCUUGAAACUGAACUUAG